AUGGUCAAGCCAUUGACAUUUAAAGGCGACAAGAAGGUCAAGAAGCGCAAGCGAACAGACCCCGAGAAAUCCCAACGCGAUGGCGUAGACGACGAAGCUGGGCAGUUGCAGAAGACGGGCGAAGAGGCAGAGAAUGACGACAGUUGGGUUUCUGCUGAGGCAGCGACUGAUGUUGUUGGGCCGAUCAUGAUUGUUCUACCGACGGAUGAACCUUCGGCGUUGGCGUGUGAUACGACGGGAAAGGUGUUUACGAUUCCGAUUGAGAAUAUCGUUGAUGGGAAUCCUUCCACGGCGGAACCGCAUGAUGUGCGUCAAGUCUGGGUUGCGAAUCGCGUUGCUGGAACAGAGAGCUUUCGCUUCAAGGGCCAUCACGGAAGAUCGGCCUCCUCUCAGCAACCUCCCGAAGCCGUAUCCCCCCUCGAAUCCUUCAACGUGAUCCCCACCGGCGACACACCCGGAACUUUCCAACUGCAAACCCUGCGCGACACAUUCCUCACCAUAAAAGCACCCAGCAAAGCCUCUUCCAAAGCCGUAGACGUGCGCGGCGACGCAGACGACAUCUCGUUCGACACGACGUUCAGGAUAAGAAUGCAGGCGCGGUUCAAGCCCAAGCUGCGCGCGUCGAAGGAGGAGAAGGCGUUGGCGAAGAUUAGUCGGAGGGAGUUGGAGGAGGCGGCGGGGAGGAGGUUGGAUGAGGAUGAGGUUAGGAGGUUGAAGAGGGCGAGGAGGGAGGGCGAUUAUCAUGAGGCGUUGUUGGAGAUCAAAGUGAAGAGCAAGCAUGAUAAGUUUAGUUGA